CCCUCAGCGGACGAGAAGAUCAAACGGUCCAUAGUGCAGGUACAGAUGUUUGGUGAGAUUGAUAAGGCCCUGUUGCUGGUACAGGCGGGUAGUUUGGCCUUUGACCUGCAAAGCAAACUGCAACUGGCGAUGCAAACGGUCGAGAAAGGACUCUCUGAGGCGCCCUUACACGUGCAAGAGCGCAAGAAUGCUGCCAAAGAGAAGGACAACACUUUACCGUCGGAUAUGGUGCUGACAUUCUCAAUGCCAUUGGCAGCAGCACAGGUCACCUACGGCGAUGUCGAGUUUACGGGCGACACCUGGGUCAACAAGGGCAUCCCAUGUGUACGACUGCAGUCUACAGAUACUGUACUCUUGGUCAGCAGGUAA